AUGUGAUCAAACCUAAACGUCGAAGACUUCAAAGUUUUGCCGAUAUCCGAAAAAACGUUCCAAAGAGCACACCCCGUCGCCUGUCCCUAUUUCCAAAUACAUGUGGAAUUCUCGAGGAAGACAACGCUACACUCGAUGUACCGGAGGUAACAAAUCGAAAUUUUCUCUGGGAAGUUCGAGACUUUCAAACGACGAGUGCACGGAACAAUCAACAAUCUCACAUCAGUAGUGAGAGUAGCGAUUUCCGAACGACUAACUCAAUCGUUCGGAACUUAUCUAAACUUCCUUGCUCGGAGAGAACAGCACAAACAGGAAACGUCAUGGUUGAAGAAAUUGGUCUACCGGGUGAAACGAUGACCGAAGACGUGGUGGAAUUAUGGGAGGAAAUGAUGUACUUAAGUGAUCUUAAAUCGAAGCACACUGUGGAAAACGUUUCGACGAAACUCAGGCGUUACAUGGAAGAAAAACACAUGGCAAAGAAAGAAAUGAAAGCGUUUUACGAGGAGUGGAAAAAACGAAGGAUUUCAUCUUUCAAACCUUUAUCAAUAUAUGCGGAAAUCGACGCCGAAGAAAGUGGUAGUUUUUCUGGUGUCCAAUAUCGAUUUCUUGAUUGCGUUCCGGAGUUUGAGGAUUUUCUCCUCGUAUUAGAAGAAGAUUCAAAAUUUGAUCCAAGGUUUAAAAGAGCAAAACAAAUCAGUAGAAAAAUCGCCAAGAGGUACAACAUCGCAAAAGAGAAUAUCUCUGGUAUAACGGGAGUUGAAACCGACCACAAGAAGACACACAAGGUGUCCUCGAGGUUAGCGCCGAUUUCAGAGAAAGGUGCCCACCGAAAGAAAAGCUUCCGUUUCAGUGAUAAUAAACUUCGGAGUUCGUCAAAGACCCCUUCUGGCGCCCGUAGAGUUUCUAUGCCCAGUAGAAGCAGUGUCACGAGUAUUCAUGGUAACGAGAAGAUGGACAACGAGAGGACAGCUCACGAAGUUGGAGUUGUGACGGCUUCAAAGUCGUGCGAAAAGCAUGUGCUUGAACAAAGUGGAAGAAGCAGCUCUCACAGAGGAUCCGUGUGCAAAGGCUCAAAAUUUGGCGAAAGUAAGAAAAGGAGAAACACACAAGAGGGAGUCUCUUCUAUAUACUUGACAUCUCCUGCCGGGGCAAACUACAUACUGUACCAGCCUCCUUCAUCAAAGGUAGAAACAAAGAGGAGAGGAACAGUUCACGUAACCAAUACAUCCGGUCCAAUAGCAGAAGUUGAGCUCGAGCAAGAACCACCAGAGAAAGCGGUGUACGGAACUGAUCAGAAUGAUAAAGAACUGUUCUACUCCAGUGAAGAGGAUAAUGACGAUACCAUGGACUUUCAGAAUUUGUUUGAUUCUAGAAAACUGAACACGAAGUACAGCUUUGAGCGCUUGCGAGGGAAGAACUACCACAAGAAGAAACCGGCCUUUUUUGGUGUUCUUAAGAAAUACUACAAGAUGCAAAAAGUUGCCGAUGCAUUUGCGAGCCCCAAAUCUAAACGCAAGUCUGUGUUUCAGCGUUUACUUGAUAAAGACAAGACAAAUGCUAACGUCCCAGAUACAGAGAUCAUAGGAACGCUGAAGACCUACAACUUCCUGUACCACAGGCGCAGGACCAGGACGGAGGUAGAGGAGUGUGAUUUUAGCAGCCUCUCUAUGGACGAGUUCCGGACAAACCUCAUCCGGGCACUCGAUGACUUCGUCGUCAGAAAGGAGCGCGUGGUGUCAAACAUUGGCGCGAAAAGUACAACUCAUAUUACUUUCACCAAACAGUCUAUUUUUAAUCACAGAGAAUAAAGAUCGCCAUGUUAACGUUAAAUGAAAUUGUUACGUGAUAAUUCAAACACAAUGUUACCAUGAUUUUAAGCAAGUAUCAACCUGUCAUUUCAAAUUAAAUUAUCACAAAUUAC